CCUUGAUGUGAUUCAUUUAGACUUCAUCGUCAUCAUAUAUCGACAAUAUAUUAUUAAUUGGAUGCCUCCAUCAGGUUAAUGAAGAUUUAUAAAGGAUACGUAAAGAAUACAGCACAUCCUGAAGGGUGUAUUGCAGAGCGUUACCUUGUAGAAGAAUCUAUUUUAUAUUGUGUGGAGUACAUGCCAAACGGUGAGAGAGGAAGUCACAAGCAUACGCGUCAAAGGUUCCUAGACGAGGAUAUGGUGUGCGAUGAAGAGCCUUUGGAAAAUGGCAAGAAUAUAUACUUAACUAACAUACAACAUCAACAAGUACGCAGAUGGGUUCUACACUGCUAUGAUGGAAUUUAUGAAUGGAAAAGGAAGUAUGAAAUAUAUUUAAGACCGACCACAUCAAAGGGCAAAGAAGAAAGGGCAGUGUGUCGAAGAACAAUGAACAUGAUUUCAUCAAUUGGUUACGAAAGGAGUUGGAGUUUGUUGAGGGCGAGUUGACAUUGAAACGAUUAGUAGAUGGCCCUACAUUUAAGGCAAAAUGCUAUAACAAGUAUCGCGUGAAUGGUUUUGUAUUCUCUCCAAGUGAAUACGAGACUACUAAGUCAACACAAAAUAAUGGGGUGUCCAUGAAAGCCAUCACUAAAUACAGGACAAGUGCUAAAGAUAAGAAUUACAAAGAAGAUGAGGCUACCUAUUAUGGAGUAGUAAAACAGAUAAUUGAGUUGGAUUACACUGUCUUCCGUCAAACGGUAUUUUACUAUGAUUGGGUCAGAGUGGAAGACAAGACCAAUGGAUGUAUUGUUGAUCCCGAGUCAAAUUUGAUAAUGGUAAAUAUGGAGAAAUUGAAAGGACAUGAGAAAGAAGGAGAUGAACCAUUCAUACUUGCAUCCCAAGCAAGUCAAGUAUUAUACUCCAAGGAUCAAAUAAGGCUUGGAUGGUAUGUUGUUUUAAUGUCAUCAAAAAGAUUGACGAAAAACAUGGACACACUUGAAGAUCUGACUCUGUUUUCCUCUUCUGGGGGCGAGAAUACAAAUUUAGAAAAUAUUAUAAAGGAAUUUGGUUAUGAGUUAUAGGUAAUUUUUUUGUUAUUAUACUUUGUGUUGAUUCAUUUGACAUUUUAUCUUGAUAAAUGAAUUUCUAUUUGUAUGAUGAUUUCUUCUUAUAUAAAUUUGUUUCUAUAGGUGAGUUGACACAUGUCAAUAGUCGAGGAGAACAUGUCAACUUCACAAGCACAGACAUAAAAAAAAUGCAGGUAAAUACAAUUCAU